AUGGCCUCAGCCCUCCCCAAAUACAGUGUCACAGACGCUCCUCCCUCCUACGACUCCAUUCUCCAGAAAAUCGACAACGCUGUUGGCAGAGACAGAUCCCCCGAAAAGUACCUCGCUGUCGCCAAUACCCUCAGUGACAGGGAGCUCACCGUCAUCACCAACGAAGCAAAAGACAAGCCUCUCCCGCCGAGGGCGACAGUCGCCAUGGCCAAAGCGGCGGAGACUGAAAAGGCGCAGCAGGGCCUGAGGGACGCAGCGGGAAGUGCGACGCAGGCGGCACAGGAUGUUCUGGGUAUUUUCGAGGCGGUGCGGUUGAAGAUUAUUGAGAUUGGUAAAUUCACAAGUCGGAUUUUCUGCCGGCUUUGCAAGGACAUCAGCAGGUUGACGUUUGAGCAGAUUCUCACCGAUAGUCGAGAUUUGGCGGUCGAUAUCGGUCAAUAUGCAUCUUCCUUUGACCGGGUCGUCGUCGAGUUCUGCGCCAAUCAAAGCAACACAGUCGAGCAGGGAAUCGCGCAGAUCGAAACCUUCAUCGCAAAAGCAGACGGGCUCGAAACCAAAGGCAAAGCCAUGAAGACCCGAUUCGAAACGCUGGGCAAGGAGUUCGGCACAUUCGUCGUUUCUUUCAACGACUGGGCCAAGGACAAACAAGAAGGCAUCAACAAGGAGGUCCAAGCGCUGCAAGACCAGAUCAACGGAUUGAAUGAAAAGGUGAACCGCCUGGAAAAAGCGCUGGAAGGACUGGGUCUUUUCCUUGGUGUUGGAUUGCCUGUGCUGGCUGCUGGUAUUGCGCUUUCUGGUCGUUUUGCUCCUUUGGUUGGAAUUGUCGGUCUUACCGUUGCCAUUGGAACAGCCGGCUCAAUCGCCGGAAUCGCCUCUGCGCUCUUAGUAUUCCGAAACCAGAUCCGAGGCAAGGAGAACCAGAUCAACAAGCGAGGGCAGAUCACACAGAUCCAGGACGCUCGUAAUGGGCUGACCAAGCUGGGCACCGAGAAAUUGACCAGCUUCUCUGAAGCCGUCAAUAUGCUGUCUGGGUUCUGGCAGAAUGUUGCAGUGGAUGCGCGUGCAAUUAGGGACUGGCUGAAGACGGGGGCGGAUUUUGCGUCUUCCCCGGCUUAUAUGAGAACAAAUCUGGACCAAGGGUCAGGAUCUGUAAAUCAAAGCAUGUCGACCUAUCUCGAUGCGUAUGCUCGAGGCAUUCAGCCCAUUACGUAG